GCCGCCGCCGCCGCCAUCGCCAUCGCCGCCCCGCUCCCGCCCGCCGCCGCCAUCGCCAUCGCCGCCCCGCUCCCGCCCGCCGCCGUGUCCCGCCCGCCGCUCCUGGUGCUGGUGCUGCUGCAGCGCCGCCCCGCGCCGCCCGCUCCUGCGCCUCCGCCGCACAAGAUGGCGGCCGGUGGGAGCGGCGGGGGCCCCGGGGGCCUCUCCUCCUCCUGCCCGCAGCCGCCGCCGCCGCCGCCGGGCAACGGCGCCGCCGCCUGCACUAACGGCGCGCCCCCGUCUCCUCCCGGCCUCACCUACAACCAGUGCGGUGCUGCCAACCCGGCGGCCAGCGGCGGCGGCGGCGGAGGCGCGGGGGGCCCGGCAGCGGCGGCGGUUGCGGGGGCGGCGGGGGCUGCCGGGGGAGCGGGCGGCCCCGGCGGGGCGCUGCAGCGGGAGCCGGUCUAUAACUGGCAGGCGACGAAGCCGACGGUGCAGGAGCGCUUCGCUUUCCUCUUCAACAACGAGGUGCUCAGCGACGUGCACUUCCUGGUGGGGAAGGGCCGCGGCUCGCAGCGCAUCCCGGCGCACAGGUUUGUGCUGGCCGUGGGCAGCGCAGUCUUCGAUGCGAUGUUCAAUGGUGGAAUGGCCACAACUUCUACAGAGAUUGAGCUGCCUGAUGUGGAGCCUGCUGCUUUCCUAGCUCUGCUGAAGUUUCUUUAUUCAGAUGAAGUUCAGAUUGGACCAGAGACUGUUAUGACAACACUUUACACAGCUAAAAAAUAUGCGGUUCCAGCCCUUGAAGCUCAUUGUGUGGAGUUCCUGAAAAAAAACCUCCGGGCAGACAAUGCAUUCAUGCUGCUAACACAGGCAAGACUUUUUGAUGAGCCUCAGCUGGCCAGCCUGUGCUUAGAGAACAUAGACAAGAACACAUCAGAUGCCAUCAAUGCAGAAGGGUUCACAGACAUUGAUCUGGACACCCUGGUUGCAGUGCUGGAGAGGGACACCCUGGGGAUCCGGGAGGUUCGGUUGUUUAAUGCAGUGGUUCGCUGGUCGGAGGCCGAGUGUCAGCGGCAGCAGCUCCAGGUGGUUCCGGAGAACAAGCGGAAGGUUCUGGGCAAAGCACUUUCUCUUAUCCGCUUCCCAUUGAUGACUAUUGAGGAGUUUGCAGCAGGGCCUGCCCAGUCGGGAAUCCUCACGGACCGGGAAGUGGUGAGCCUGUUCCUCCACUUCACAGUGAACCCCAAGCCCCGGGUGGAGUUCAUCGACCGACCGCGCUGCUGCCUGCGGGGGAAGGAGUGCAGCAUCAGCCGUUUCCAGCAGGUGGAGAGCCGCUGGGGGUACAGUGGGACUAGUGACAGGAUAAGGUUCUCAGUAAACAAAAGGAUAUUUGUAGUUGGGUUUGGAUUAUACGGAUCCAUACAUGGGCCAACGGAUUACCAAGUAAACAUACAGAUCAUCCACACAGACAGUAACACAGUCCUGGGGCAGAAUGACACGGGGUUCAGCUGCGAUGGAUCAUCAAACACUUUCCGCGUCAUGUUCAAGGAGCCCGUUGAGAUUUUGCCCAAUGUGAACUACACAGCAUGUGCUACGCUCAAGGGUCCAGAUUCCCACUAUGGAACCAAAGGACUGCGCAAAGUGAUCCAUGAAUCACCAACAACAGGAGCCAAAACCUGCUUCACGUUCUGUUACGCGGCUGGGAAUAACAACGGCACCUCGGUGGAGGAUGGACAGAUCCCAGAGAUCAUCUUCUACACAUAGUGCAGCUCUGGAACUGGCUCUGGACUCUUCUGUUCUCUUCCCCGUGACCUUCCAAACUAAAUUUCUGGCUGAGUUUGACCACACCAAUUGGAGCCACACUAGCCAAAGGUCUCAGUAAAAUCAUUUCAAAGCUCAUGUUCUGCCUUGUGCUAGUGAUUCUGCUGCUAUCACAAACCAGACUAACUGGUGUUCCAGUCCCAUUUGUAGGUUGUCUGUGGCUACUCAUUUUUCACUUUACUGAUUAAUCCUAUCUAACAACAUGCAUUAUUUUUUUUUUGACUGUAAUGAAUGUAGAUGCUUUUCCACCAGUCAGAAGCAUGGAAACGAGUGGCUCUGGUUGUGGUUAUACUUUCUGUGAGGAGAUAAUCCUGCAAAAAAGACACAGUCAAGGCCUGCAUGGCCCAUCCUCUUCUGCUCUAGCUCAGCAGUCGGGGUGACACCGUUUGUCACUCCUGCACCUCUGCAGCAUCAGGGCUUGGCCAGCCCCUGCCUGGCACCCUCCCUCCCGCCAGCCAUGGCACCUGCAGCCGCCUUUAAACAGUGACAGGAAGUGGCCUUUUCCCUGAGGCUUUACUCUUUCAGCCCUAUGGGGAGCUCUCAAACCCAGAGGGCCUCUGGAGGCACCUCCGUGUUUUCCUGCUCUUCUCACUCCUUUGUGACAAUCCCUGACCCUGGGCAGGGGGUGGCAGCCAAGUGCCCUGCCCCGUGGGCAGCCCGAGGCCCUGCAGAGAGAGCCAGGAAGGGGCCAACUCCUCCCUCCCCUGGGUGCAGGCUCCAUGGUGCUUCUUUCAAACUCGGGGGGGUGUUCCCUGGGCUGUGUGUGAUCUCCACACCCCCCACACCCUGCUGGCUCCUGUGCUGAUGGAAUCCUUGGCAGAGAGCACCAGUGGUUGUCAGCUGAACCCCUCCCCUGAGCCCCCAGCCCUCUGUGUUGCUGCUGUCCUCAGGCACCUUUCCUCUUUGUCCUUGGGCCACCUCAGAGCCUGCUGUGCCCACCUGAAACAGGGAGAGAGGCUUGAGGUGCAGCUGCCUGUUACGUGAUAAUGCAGCAGAUGGAUGAGGACAGUCUGGGAAAACAUUAAAGACCUUUUGUUUGCCUGUGUGCAGUCACACAGUCCCUGUUGGGAUGGGUGCAGAGGCACAACGUGGUAUUUACUGAUACCCCUGGCUGUGGCCCAGUGAGCUCUGACCUUGAAGAUCCCUUCACCUGUCUGGGGCUGGGUGCUUUUCCCCAUCAGCAGAUAGGACUGGGGCUGGGGAGGGAAGGGUUUUCCUGCUGAGGGGUUUGUACCUGACCAGCCCCAGAGUUCCUGUCCACUGGGGUAGACUCUGAGACUUCUGUUGUCCCCCCCCUGCAGAGGCAGCUGUGAUUAAAGCCUUGCUUGGCAGCAUGGAUGGAGCCUUUGGGGGUCUCUGGGGGGGCAGGAGUGGUGCUGCCUCAAAGUCGAGAUUCCCCUCUGCAAACCUCUCCUUGUGCUCCAGACAGAAGAACUAGGGAGCCACUGCCACUGUGUUUAGCUGUGAGAAGUUAAAACUUGGACAUCCCUGGCUGUGGUGGGGGGCUCAGUGCCUGCUCACUUGCUGGGGAAAUGGCAUCUCCUCCUCUUGCUCUGCCCUCGCUCUGUGGUUGCCUGGUGUCUCCUCCUCAGCCCUGCAGGAACAGCCUGCACCUCCUCACCAGUAGCUCUUAGAGAUGUCAGUAGUGUGUUCCGUUCUCUAGAAAGACAAUGUGAGAUGUGUUUCAUGUAAGCCUGCUUCAAGGUGGGAUGUUUUUAAUAUGGCCAGUACUAAAAAAAAGAUGAAGGAAAAAGAAAAAAAAAAAAAAAAAAAGAUGGGUCCAUGACUUUGUUAUUGAACCUGACUCUGUGCAAUGCAAAUGGUGUUAUGGGAUGGAUUAACAGCCUGGGCACGCUCCUGGCCAGGAGGGAGGUGACCUCUUGGGAUGCACAUCCCUGCAUCUGCUCUCACCUCCUGUCCUUGCUUCCCCUCUCAGAGGUUGUGGGAACUUCACUGCGAGCAUCCCAGCCCCGUGGCCCUUCCCUGGGGCUGGCUGUGGAGAUGGCACCUCGGGGUCUUUAUGUGAAACGGUGGCAAUAGUGGAAAUAAUUGGGUUUUGAAAGAAGCAAAGCUGUACACUUGGCUGUGGAAAGAGCACAGGCUGUGCUCAGCCCCUCCUCGCUGCUCUCCUGGAAGUUUUUGUUUUCCCAGCUGCUUCGUUAUGCAGAUUAUUUUCCCAAACUCUUCCUUGUCACCCCAGCAGGUAGAUCAGGCAGCUUCUCCUGUCAGGGAGGGGGAUGAGGCAAACGCUGAACUACACCUGAGCAACUUCUGUUCUUAGGGCUUUCCUGCAGUUUGAUGCAAUUCUGGCUUUUUGUAGAUAGAUGAAUGUAAUUCCUUGUUGGACUUGCCUGUUCCCAAAAGUAUGAGACAUUCUGUUGUACCACGUCACCUUCUGAGCAGAGCUGGGACUGUCUCGACUCCAGUGCUGUAUUGAUGAAUGUAUCCGAUGCUCUCGUUCCGUGUUCACACUCUGCUUUUGGCCAGCUUUGUGAUUUGUAAAUAGGAAAUCAAUAAAGACAUUCAGGUUGUCUUUA